AUGGGCGCACCGCUACACCUUGAACCCGCCUGCGAAUCUGGAUCUGGCCAGACCGUCGCAGAGUCCCUUGAAGAACUGCACUUCCUCGAACGGCACUGGGUGCCGGUCCCGAUGGGGGAGAUCACGAAUUUUGGCAGCGGAUUUGCGAUUGGAGGUGGGGGUGGGUUUGCCGGAGGCGGGUGCGGCGAGAAUCACGGACACGCAGUGCGGGUGCGGGGUAAGCUGGGCAGUCACUUCGGAGGCUGGGUGUGCGUUAACCCGAGCACAACACCUGCAACCCCGACAACAUCUUCGACAUCUUCGACAGUACUGACACCCGUGUUAUCUCCUUCAAGUUCGACUUCGACGAUAUUUGAGGUUAGAUUGGACGGAGGAACCGCGACGGUUCUCAGUGCCACUCAGCUGCUUUCGAGCCCGCGAUUGGUGGAAUACGGUCUAGAGAAGGAAAGCGAGAUCGAAGAAAGGGGACAAGAACAAGCUCUAGUUCAGGGUCAGCGUACAAGUCACGCGCACGUUGCGGAAAUGUCAUCAUCAUCAUCCUUUGAACCCUUACUUUAUUCCAGAGAGCCGGCCGGCGUGGUUGAUAAGGACGGCCUCCAUUACAAACACCACGUACAUCCUCCACACCAUCACCACCAUCGAGCGCAGCAAGAAAAGGACGACGAACACGUACAUCAAGAGAUCCCAGAUUCUACGAGCUCAAAACCACCACAAGAAGCGAACAAGGUGGGCGACUCUGAGCAGCAGAACGCUCAGAUGCAUCGCAAUGGCUUCAACACCUCCCAAUAUCCACCUCGACCAACCUACCCUCCUGCUCCGACAUACCCGCGUCCAACCAACAGCCGGAAUGCGACAAACUACACCCAGUUACCCCCCGACCUGCGUGAUCCAGCAGCGUCGCAUCACUUUGCUGCCUCCGACUCUGACGACUCUGACGUUGUCGGCUUGUCGAUCAGGAGGAGGAAAGUAGACUGGCAUACGGGAACAGGACCAGGACAACAUGGUCAAGGGCCGGCACCCAGACAAGCGAAGAGGAUGCCCAUUCUACCUCUUCUGCCGCUUGCGCCGUCGCCGCCACAUACGGCGGUGCCACACCCGCAAACCGCUAUCCACGUCCCGCCCACGGCGAGGGCUGCGGAGAGCCACGCACUUGGUGGCCCUUCUCACCUCGCGUCGUGCUACACCGCCUCGUCAUCUUCGUCCAAUGCCUCGUCCCCCACAUCGCCAUUUCCUCCGUCAACAUCAUCAGAAUCAGGAUCAACAUCAGAAUCAGCGUCUAUCUCAAAUCCAACACUCGAACCCCUACUUUGGUCCCACCCACUCGAACAUGCUGACAGAGCUCGCGAGCGUGCCUUUGACGCCGAGCAGCAAGCUGGAGGUGCUCAGAUUCCAGGACACGGCGCGUUUGAGGUCGACCGAAAGGUGCUGAAGGACGUUGUUAGGGAAAAGAUGGGCGAGGAGGUGGGGCGAAUUCGAUUUUUGAGUGGAGGUACCUUCCACAAGGCCUACCUAGUCACGCUCUCGACGCACCAAACUCUGGUGGCGCGUGUCGCGCGUCGGUUCAUGCCGCGAUUGAAGACCGCGUCGGAGGUGGCCACGAUUGCAUAUUUGGACAAGCGCACCCCUGUGCCCGUACCGACUAUCUAUGACUACGACGCCAACCCGUAUAACAGGCUCGGAGGCGAGUGGGUCUUGAUGAGUAAGGCUCCAGGAAUUCCGCUCGCUGAAGUUUGGCAUGGUCUUGCAUAUGCUGACAUCGUGAAGCUGUUGAAGGACCUCGCCGCGAGGGUCGUCAUACCGCUCUUCGCUCAUCGGUUCGAUGCGAUUGGGUCAUUGUAUUUCGGGCCGGACCCCACGAAGCCAGCACUAUCAAAUACAGCCUCUAAUGCCAAUGGGAACGCGAACGCUAGUGCCACUAGCAUGAGCCGAGUGAAUAGCAGUAGCAGCGGCGUUCCGACCCCUCGAGCCACUGCAGGCCUCGGCGAUCCUUUCGCAGCAUUGGGUAUGACGAGCAUGACUGCUGGCUCGAGCGCAGGCAUGUCAAGCUUCGCACAAGCAGCGAGCGCGCUGACGCCUACACCGUCGAGCGUCUGUGUACCUGAACUCGCACAUCCCCAUCCCCAAGAUCACGAGCAAGAAUACCACAUCGGCCCCAUCAUCUCCUGGCCGUUCUUCGGCUCCAACCGCGGCGAGCUCGCUCACCCCUCCGAGAUAAACCGCGGACCUUUCCCCUCGCUCUCCACGUACCUCUCUGCCUGCCUAGAACGGGAACAUAGCUCUGUCAUCCGCGAGAACGAGGGUAAGGCCGCUCCGCAUCGGCUGCACCUCGACCCAGACGAGGUUCAUUCGUCCUUCCAUCACCGCUUGCUCGCUGUUCCGGGCGACGAAUCAGAUGAUUCAGAUGAGUGGGGUCUGGAGGAGAGCGACGAUGAGUGGGAGGGCCCUGGAGAUAAGAUGUACAGGGAUUAUCGGAGGAUGCAGAGGGGUACUUUCUUGGUCAGAGAGUUGAAGGAGAGAGAGGAUAGGGUGCGAGCAGAGAUGGGACGGUGGAUCCGGUUGAUGGAGGGAUUGACAGGAAUUGUUGGAGGUGCGGGUGCGGGUGGAGAGCGCAAGGAAGGUGCCAAGGAAGAGUUUGGUUUGGACUGUCAUGAUUUGAGCUUGGAGAAUGUGUUUGUGGACGAGCGAGAUCAUACCAAAAUCACGUGCAUCAUUGACUGGGAGAGCACGACGACGCGCCCGCUGUGGCAGUGUGCGCACGUCCCUGCGUUUCUGCAGUCCAGUCCAUUCGUGGCGAAGCUUUUCCGCGAGAUCGUCGCCCAGCUACCCAACGACUCCUCUGUGUCUGUCCAACUACCACCUUCGUACUCCUCUUCCUCUUCAUCCGGCUCCUCGACCGCCAAAGACCUUACCUCACUCUGUCGCGAAUGGCUCUAUUAUGAGGCCGCAGGCACGCGUCUGCGCAUGGCCCACCGCUGUUCGGAGUGGGAUGGCUGGGAAGAGGGCCUCGUAGACAGCAUCCUUGGUGCGGAAGAGGACGAGGCGGAGUGGUAUACUGGUUUAGACAAGCUCGUCGAAGAGUACCGUGCUGGGUGUUCAGGUACUAUCCUUACUGGGAAGAGCAUUCUUGGGAACAGCAGCAGUAGACAUCCAGUUGAGCAACAUUCCGCCGAACAUUCACCAUUGCACGGCCUUUUCGAGUCCGGCCCGGCUUCGCCACUACCUUCGAAUCCCGAGGGACGCGUCAACGGGCGUGUUCUUUCCCCUCCUUCACCCUCAUCACCAGGCCCGACGAACGCGCGCUGGCCUUCUUCAUCUUCCAAGCCAUUACCCCCUUCGUCUUACCCUGUCUCUAAGUCUAAGACCAACGGCAACGGCAACGGCAACGCUAUCCCCAACGGCAAGUCAAGCUCAGUCUCAACAUUACUUCCACCAUCCAAAUCCUCGGCUUUACCUCCACCGCCUUCCUCGGCCCGCCUACCUAACACUUCUCUCGCCACAGCGGCCGCCCGACCACCCGUGCCCAAGCUCUCCACAAAGCUACCUCUUCGUGUGGAACAGGAGAAAGAACAGAUGCUGAAUACCACGGGGGAUAUAUGUGGCGGUCGUGGAGGCGAGCUCGGGCGACGCUUGGAGGCGUGGAUAGAGGUGUCUGGGAGCAAGGAUCGAGUUGAGAAGUAG